UGUUUAUUAGAGAGAGGAGUGUGUGUGUGAGUGAAACUGCGCAAUUGGAGCUUGCUAAACUUUCCAGGGGUAUUCUGCAAACCCUCCGUCACCCCAGAGCGCCUAUAGUUAACCUGCUCUCUGCAAGUUGUUAUCUUGCCCCGAAAAGGGAGUGCGCUGUUCCGGGGAAGGAUCUGCCCGUGGUGGAUCAUCUUCUGGGAUGCAAUCGGUGUAUCAUUUUUUUGAAACUGUAACAGUUUUUAAGAUUGCGUGGCUGCUGCGCUGCCAAUCAACGGGAGAGAUGUUACAAAACAGGUCCACUCUCGGAUAUCAGCCGAUGUGUCCGGCAGAGUCCGCCGGCUCUGCCCGGUUCUCCUGGUCUGUCCGAAGCAGCAGGAACUGGAAGCUGCCACCCCCUGAUCCUUGAGAACCAUGCCACUGUUGUGGUGAACACUGUGUGGAGAAUUACUGGAGCUAUCACUCUGCUAAUGACGUGUCGGUGUGUACGCUGGGAAAAUGACCGGGAAUCUUGAGAACAUGCUCAGAUAGAAUUGUCCACACUUUCCUCUCGGACUUCAACUUCACGUGGAUGAGACAAGGUGGGAUUGUUGACUAGUGGACUCGUCUCGUCUCCCCUCCCCACUCGAUUUCUUCCCCACUGGAAAGUAAAAGGCGGCUCUGGAACCACUGAUUAAACACAGGGCGACUAUGAAGAAACCAGCCCCUCACAGGGACAGAUAUGUCUGGAGCCAAGAGUUUUAAUAGUCAGGUGAGUUUUGCCAGAGAGACCAGAAGAGCGCAGCUGAUUGGUUGAAGGAGUCGUGCAAACUGAGCUUCGAUUGGCCACCAGGAGUGUCUGUCAGCUCCGACUGGAUGCAUCAUCCGACGGAACAGGUGGGGGUACGGGCUGCCCGUGAAGCUUUCUCCGUCAGCGGCCUGGGACGGCAGCCAGGGGGCUGGGGCCCAGCUCCCCAACGACCCUGGUCUCACGGUAGCAGGUGUUCUGCCAGUGUUGGCCAGCCCCAGUACAACUCCUACCCUCCGCACAUUCCGAGCUUAGGGCUCUCUGUGAAGCCCUAUGGUACAUUAGGGUUGCCUCGAGCACUACACAGCAAGCUAGAGAGCAUCCACGGGUGCGUGCAGUCCCUGCUGCAGGAACAGCCCCAGCCCCGCGUGUGGGAGCAGCUGGGACAGAUCUACGAGUCCGAGCAGGAGCUGGACGACGCCAUCAAGUGCUACCAGAGCGCGGCGCGGUACGCCAGCGGUUUCAGCUACGCCGACCUCAGCAACAAGAUCAGCCGGCUGCAGCAGGUCCAUGUCUGGAAGCUGCACUCCAGCGCCCCCCAGAGCCGCUCCCGGGCAUUGCCGCCCCUGCAGGAAGUCUGGAGUUUGUUACAACAGAAGAGAAGCUACAACGCCAAGAACGGCUGUCAGCUGAAGAGACCAGGGGGUCCUGCAGACCACUGCUCUCCUCCUCCCACUCCCUCACCCUCCCUACACCAGGCCGCCUGGCCCUCGCACGGCAGCGAAGUUCCGAACCCAGUGAAGAGACGGCGAAGCGCGAGCCCGGACCAUGCACCAAGUCACCAGCACGCCCACGGUCCAGGAACGCAGAGGCUGGGGGAGAACGCCCACCCCCAUACCCAGUUCCAGCCGCAGAGAAUGGACGUCGUCGCCUGGCACCACGCACACAAGGAGCCAUGGCCGCAGGGAAGGAGGGAGCCAACUCCCGUCAUUCAGGAACACAGGAAACCAGAAAUCCACCCUCCCACGCCCAGCACCCCCACCGUCCUGGUUACCACAGCAUCCGGCAAUAGCCCUGCCUCCUUGCAGGGAGGGUCCCAUGGCCGGGGGGAGGGGGAGAAGGAGGGCGCAGGAAGGAGGCCCAGAAUGGAGAGUGAGAGCUCGUCGGGAGAGACCGCUCCGCAGCAGAGACCCAACCGAGGGGUGUCCUGGACAGUCACCCCAACCCCCAGCCCCAGUCUCCAGCACUCAGAGGUGAAAGGCCGGUCUCCGAGCAGCCGGCAGGAGCGGGAGGCAACGCCUCACCAGUGUGGGGGGAAGACCCCCGAGAAGUCCGAGGCUGAAGCUCACCCCAGUUCUGGCCAUUCCCCACCCAGCCAAGCCAGGGAGGAAGGAGGGGGGGAGCCAGACCACCUCCAACCCCAGCCCCGUGCCCAACCCAUCCCUGCCCUGCGGCCCAGUGGGACACCACCCACCACCCCAGAGCAGCCAGACAGGAGCCCGCCUGCAGCCAAGGAUCAACGAGCCCCGAAGAGCGGAGGGGCCCCGGCUCAGCCUGUCCGCGAUGCCCCGUCCCCGGCCUCGCCCCGGGAGCCCUGCCGGGCCGCACAGCCCCGGAUGCCGCCCCUCUCCGGCCCUCACCGCACUUGCACCGACCAGGAGGCCAGGGGUAAGCCGGCCCCGAGGCUGAUGCUCCACCAGGCAGCUGGGGCUCCGGCCUCAGUUGGUAGGCCGAGCCGGCCAAACGAUGAGGCCCUGAGCCUCGCCGAUGGCCCUAAGCUAGCAUGUGCGGUCGGCAGUGGUGAAGGCCGCUGGCUGCCCAGGCCUCCGCCUCUCACCUGCGGCCUCCCAACCCGGACGGUGACAGCACCAGCACGGCCUCCCCCUCCUGCUACCCCCACCCACCCCACGCCCUGCACCCCAAAGCAGGAGGCCUUGCCAACCCUCGAAGCCCAGCCGCCCAGCGUGGCUGCAGAGACCGAGGCUGAGGCUUUGGGCCGCUACCAGGCCGAGCGUUCGCCUGAGCCUGAGGAAGAGAAGAGACUCCCCUGUAAGGCAUCUCCGGCCUCCUCCUUGUCCAACGACCGGUCCCCGGCCAGCCUGCCUGACAGUGAGGUGUGGAUCAAGGCCGUCUUCACUGAUGAGGCCCGACAUCAUCGACGGCGUCACCACCACCACCAUCACCGGCACCGACAUCGGCCUUCCCCUCCUCACCCACCUCACUCACAGGCCACCGAGCCCUGUCCCGAGUCCGACGCGGCCCAUGCCUCCCCCAGGGCAGCGGAGUCACCGAGCAAGCGGCCUGCCCCCGAGCCCAGCCCUGCCCACGCCCCACCCCAGGCGGCUGAACCGCCCACCAAACAGCCAGCCCCCGAACGCGAGUCCCCGCCGGCCUCACCCAGCCCUGUCCGCGCCUGCGAGAACGUUGCAGGCCCUCACCGCCCCUCCUCCAGGGCCAAGGCCCCCGAGUCGCCGCCCCCUCCGGCCGCCGGCGGGCAGGACGAGCACCGGCACCGCGGUCGGCACUCGGCUCGGGACCGCGGGCGCCGCAGCAAGUCAGGAAAGGGAAAGCAGCGGCAGAUCCUGGGCAACAUCGACCUGCAGAGCAAAGAAAUCCAGGCCCGGGAGAAGGGCAAGGCCGAGGGCGCCAAACCCGCCAGGCCCGCCGCGCCGACCCUGGAGGAGCCCGAGAGGGCCGAAGGCAAGCGGGCAGAGCCGGCCGUCCCAGCCGGCCGGGAGCCCGACUCUGGCGGCCGAACCUCCCUUGGGCCCUCGGACAUCCUGCGCGUCAAGUCCUUCCCCGAGGGCACCACCAAGGAGCUGAAGAUCAAGCUGGUGAAGGUGGAGAGCGGCGACCGGGAGACCUUCAUUGCCUCCGAGGUGGAGGAGAGGCGGCUGCGGCUGUCAGAGCUCACCAUCGAAAGCCCCGGGGCCGAUAUCAUCACCGCCUGCAAGUCCACCAAGCUGAAAGGCAGAUUCACGGAGUCCUACGUGCUGCCCGCCAACUCCGUUAAGCCAGGCUGCCUGACAGAGCAACAGGCACAGCGAGAGAAGCUGAAUCCUCCGACGCCCAGCAUCUAUUUGGAAAGUAAGCGGGAUGCCUUUUCGCCUGUGUUACAGCAGUUCUGUACAGACCCAAAGACGCCAAUCACUGUGAUCCGGGGGCUGGCUGGAUCCCUGCGGCUGAAUCUCGGCCUCUUCUCGACCAAGACGCUGGUGGAGGCCAACGGCGAGCACGCAGUGGAAGUGCGGACCCAGCUGCAACAGCCGUCGGACGAGAAUUGGGACCCCUCAGGGGGUACCCAGACCUGGCCCUGCGAGAGCAGUCGCUCCCACACCACCAUCGCCAAGUACGCGCAGUACCAGGCUUCCUCCUUCCAGGAAUCCCUGCAGGAGGACAAGGAGAGUGACGAGGACGAGCCGGAGCCCGAGGCGGAGAGGCCUGUCCCAACCACAAACAGUGAGAGUGGACCACAGGUGCCCCUGAAAGUGAUCAAGUUCGGCACCAACAUUGACCUCUCCGACCCCAAGCUCUGGAAGCCACAGUUACAGGAGCUGCUAAAGUUGCCGGCCUUCAUGCGGGUCUCAUCCAGUGGGAACAUGCUGAGCCACGUCGGUCACACCAUCUACGGGAUGAACACAGUGCAGCUCUAUAUGAAAGUACCCGGCAGCCGGACUCCAGGGCACCAGGAGAACAACAACUUCUGCUCGGUCAACAUCAACAUCGGCCCCGGGGACUGCGAAUGGUUCGCUGUGCCUGAGGCGUAUUGGGAACAGAUCAGUGACUUCUGUGACAGGCACAACGUGGACUACCUGACGGGUUCGUGGUGGCCGGUGCUGGAGGACCUGUACGCGGCCAAGAUCCCGGUCUACCGGUUCAUCCAGCGGCCCGGUGACCUGGUCUGGAUCAACGCCGGCACAGUGCACUGGGUUCAGGCCACGGGCUGGUGCAACAACAUCGCCUGGAACGUCGGGCCCCUGACCGCCUAUCAGUACCAGCUGGCCCUGGAGCGCUAUGAGUGGAACAAGGUGAAGAAGGUGAAGUCUAUCGUCCCCAUGAUCCACGUCAGCUGGAACGCAGCGAGGACCGUCAAGGUCACCGACCCUGACCUCUACCGCAUGAUCAAGUACUGUCUGCUCACCUCGCUGAAGCACUGUCAGCUGCUCCGCGAUGCACUCAUCAACAGUGGCAAGAAGAUAAUCUUCCAGAGCCGCAUGAAGGAGGAGCCCACCUAUUACUGCAACGAAUGUGAGCUCGAGGUUUUCAACCUUCUCUUUGUCACGAGCGGUAGUGGCAGCCGCAAGUCUUACAUAGUGCACUGUGAGGACUGCGCCCGCCAGCGGAGCCCCCUGCUCCUCAAUGUGGUCAUCCUGGAGCAGUACAAGAUGGACGACCUGGUGCAGGUGUACGAUCACUUCACGCUGGCGCCUCAGUCAGCAUCAUCUAGAUGACCAGCUCUUCAAAAGCCAUACCAAAUGCUUCUCUCUGUCUGAGGUUCCCACCCCCCAGCCCUACACAUCCCGCACC